UCUGCCCAUUCUCUAGGAGAGUUUCUUAUGUUCAACCUUUUAACUAGACAUCAUUUGCUAGCCGCUUAUUAGCUUUAUCAUUCAUCACAACAACUUCUGAAGAAUUGCAAUGAAACAUUUUAGCAAUUAAAAGCUUUUUCAUGUACAGCAAUUCAGUUCCUUAGUGUUGUGAUUUCCAAUCCCUUACAAUUGGUUGAUGAGGUACAGUCGUCAGGACAAACAUUCAAAUUAGUUGCUUGGAUGGCGGGAUACUGUCUCAUUUAUGGGAUCCCCAUCUAAACUCAAAGAACCAACAUGUCUGUGCUUGUAGGACAAGAGAUAUGUCUUCUCAACCAUUCAAUUUAAACAUUUUUUCCUGGGAAUACCUGCAAGUAUAUUUAGGGAGCAUUGCUAAAUAGCAAGAGCAUGUGAAGGUUUCUCUUUCAACUGAUUCUGAUAGGAUCUAUUGGGCUAAACUAAAUAAUGACCACCUCGGAAAAGUCUAUUGUAUGUGGCUCUUUGUGGACUUUUCUUUCAAUAAAACGAGUAUGUGAACAGUGUAUUUGGGACCAAGAGGCUGUUUGGCUUACCCUUUUUUAAGAUUGCUUUUAAGCCUUUCUACUUAAAAGCUAUGCAAACCUUUAAAUUUGACUAACGUUUAAGUUGAUAAAGUAUUUGGAUAAAUGUGGUUUAAGCUGUCAUUUAUAUAGUUAUGUAUUUGAUUUGAAAAAACUGAUAACCUAUCGAAACUUAACAAAAAGAUUAAAAUGGACAUGUUGUUGAAUAAUUCAAAGAAAAUUCAUAAAAAUACUAAUUUUUAAUAAAAAUAAAUUAUAAAUUGAUGUCCAACUGAUAAAAAUUUUUCCAUUACAUGUUCAUAAAUUAUAUAUAAUUAUUAAAAAAUAUAUUAAUACAAUACUUUAUGUUUAAAUUUAGGUUUAAUUCAUAAAAAUAUUAAAUAUAUACGUUGAGACAUUAAAAAAUGUAUAUGUUAAAUAUAUAAAUAUGUUCUCUCUCUCUCUAUAUAUAGAGAGAUCUCUCUCUCUCUAUAUAUAGAGAGAGAGAAGGUGUAAUACCCCAAUAGCCCAGAGAAGGGUAGUAUAUAUUGAGAAUAAGUAAGGAAGGAAACAACACCAACUGUAUAUUUUUUGGGCUGAAUGUAGGCAAGGAACUCCCGGAUUAAGCGUGCUUGAGCUGGGGAAGCUUAAGGAUGAGUGACCCCCUGGAGAAGUUCGCGUAGGCCCAUCAGGGUAAGUUGUUCUGGUUUUUCCUAUCGCUCGAUGCGAGAUGUUACAGGUGGUAUCAGAGCCGACCCUUGGAGAAGGCGGUCCGAUGAGGGCGGGGAGUGGCGUCGGGGCACGAGGGCCUGAUCAAAGAGCGGCUUCUGGCAGGCUUCUAGGAUGAUAGCCUCCAAAUGAGAGAAGAUCUGGAACUAGUUGUAAGGUCGCAAGACGAGAACGUCAUGUGCUCAAGGGGGGGAGAAUGUAAUACUCCAAAAGUCUAGAGAAUUGUAGUAUAUAUCAAGAAUAAGUAAGGAAGGAAACAACACCAGCUGGAUACCUUUUAGGCUAAAUGUAAGGCAAGGAACUCUCGGGUUAAGCAUGCUUGAGCUGGGGAAACUUAAGGAUAAGUGACCCCCUGGGGAAGUUCUGGUAGGCCCAUCAGGAUAAGUUGUUUUGGUUCUUCUUAUCGCUCGAUGCGAGAUGUUACAAAAGGGCAGGGGAUGGCGGCGAUAGUGAGGUGGCGAUGCCGUGAUGGAAGCUGGAGGUGGCGGUCACAAUGGGGCUGAUGGAGGUGGCGGCAAGAAGGAGAUGGGAGGGAGGCACAAUGUUUAAGAGAAGAGCAUUGGAAAUAUUAAAAUUUUUGAAAGGUAAAAUUGUAAAACACUUGGUCAAUGAAAUAAACUGAUAACAAUGUUUUGAGAAUAGUUUGGGGGGCGAGCUUUCUAAAAUGCUAUUAAAAUAGCAUUUAAGCUCGAUAGCAUUUAACCUCUUUAAUUUUUAAUAAAUAUAUAAGUAUAAUUGAAUAAGUUAUACAUCAUUUAACUUUCGCUAAUAGCUUAUAAGUGAUCAAACUGCUGCCCCAAACACCCCCCAAUAGACAGAAGAAAACUAGAUUAGAUAGGCCAUGUUUAAGAAUGUUCUGGGCUCCUUCCAGAGUUAGCAAUUGCUCGAAAAUGGAAGUUUGGUAGGCUCACUCUUAGUUCUUGCAUGGUCUUUAUUUUGCUCCACCCCUUUGUGGUGUGGAUUUUUCUUUCCUGAUUAUCUCAAGUUAAUUACACUAACCACCUCUAAGAUAAGACCUAAUGUAAGAGACCGCCCGUUGAUUUUCAAAAAUUACAGCCAGCAUUAAAGACUCGUAUUGAUUAGCUCCUGUUAAGAAUACAAAUGUGGUUAAAUUUUUGAUAAUAUCCCAAAUACCCUUAACUUGAACUCUCUCUUUCUCUCACCCCCCUCAAUCUUCUUCUCCAAGAAAUAGAUGAAUCUGGUGGCGAAAUUGGUGUCUCACAAUGUGUGGCAGCUAGGCUCCAAUCUUCAGGUUAUGGCGGCAAACGGCAAGACUCAAUGGAGGCUAGUCUUCUCCACUGCCAAUGAGUCUCACAUAUCUCUCCUGUGAGUGUUCUCCAUAGUUUGCCGUCUCCUAGGCUAGCAGCAGUGUUAGAUUGCUUCUCUCCUCUAGCUGAUGGUUGACAACACGACAAUGUGCAGUGUCAAGAGCUUGCUGGGUUCUCCCCUAUCUCUUUCCCUCCUUCAGUCUUGCUUUCUCUUUCUUUCUCCCUCUUCCUUUCUCAAUGUCCCAGACUCGCCCUAACAAGUUGUUGGUGUUCAAAUCUGGUAUUUUGUAAUUUAGAUUUUUUUUUUCUUCUCCAAUCCUUGUUUGUGCAAAUCUGGUUUGUUUUUCUGAUUUAUUUUUGUUGUCACUCGAAUACGACAAUAUAAUUCCUUUGCCGGGGAAGAACCGUCCAGAAGCUUCAUACUCUACAAGGAAGACCAUCAGAGGGAAUAAGGUGUUCCUUGUGCAAAUACUCCAAUGCUUAAGAGACUGUUUGGCUUACACUUUUUUUUAUUGUGCAAAUACAAGGUGUUCCUUCUACUUAUAAGUUGUGUAAAGCUUUAAAGUCGGCUAGCAUUUAAGUUAAUAAAGUGUUUGUAUAAAUGUGUUUUAAGCUGUCAUUUAUAUAGUUAUGUGUUUGGUUUGAAAAAGUUGAUUAGCUAUCAUAACUUAACAAAAAGAUUAAAAUGGAUAUGUUAUUGAAUAAUACAGAUAAAAUUCAUAAAAAUACUAAUUUUUAAUAAAAAUAAAUUAUAAAUUGAUGUCCAAUUGAUAAAAUUUUUAUCAUUAGAUGCUGAUAAAUUAUAUACAAUUAUUUAAAAAUAUAUUAAUACAAUAUUUUAUGUUUAAAUUUAGGCUUAAUUCAUAAAAAUGUUAAAUAUAUAUGUUGAGGCAUUAAAAUAUAUAUAUAUAUAUAUAUAUAGAGAGAGAGAGAGAGAGAGAGAAGGAAGGGUAGGGGAUGGAGUGAUGGCGACAGUGACAACGAUGAAGGAGGAGAUUGAGGCGUCGGCGUUGGGCUGGAAGUGGCGGUUGAUCUGGAAGAAGAAGGCGAUGAUGGACGCAACAAAAGAGGAGAUAGAGGCGACGACACUGGGCUAGAGGCAGUGAUCGAUCUAGAAGCAGAAGGCAGUGAUGGACGUGACAAAGGAGGAGAUCCAAGUGAUGAUGACGGUGCUGGGCAAGGGCAGCAGCUAAUCUGCUGGAGGCGAUAAUGAUGAAAGUUGGCAAUAAAAGAGGCGACUAGAGAAGGAGAUGGAAAAGGAUAAGAGUGUACUUUUUUAAGGGAUAGAGAGUUGUAAAUAUUUGAGUUGUUUGAGGAAAAAUUUGUAAUUGACUUGGUCAAUGAAAUAAGCUACCAAUAGCUUAUUUGGAAAAGCUAAGGGGUAGCUUUUCCAAAACGCUGUUAAAACAACAUUUACGCUCUUGGAUUUUUAACAAACGUGUAACUAAAUAAACUAUGUAAACUUAUAAAUUGAAGGAGAAGCUUAUAAGUGGUCAAACCACUAAGCCAAACAUCCCCUAAGUCAAAUUCACUGAAAUAAGAGGAAGUUGCAGAGCUCUUGAAUGAGAAAAAAAUGACUUACCUCGAGGAUGGAUCCUUCUCUAUUUAUAGAUGAAAUUGAUGGGAAGUGAUAGCAAUUCCUGAUAUUGUUCGUGUUUGUGUUCAUGUUCUUGGGUUCUGUUAUGUGUUUCAAUGGUUGAUCAAGUUUAUAUAUGAUAUAAAAUUUUACAUUCAUAUGCUUAGUGAAUCAGCGGGAGAGAAAGGGAAAGAGUGAGCAGAAGGUAAGGAUCAAUAGGUCAGUUUACUAAAUUUUUAACUUCAAGUUUAUGGCAGAGAUACUGUAAUUUCUGAAAAUAAGGGGAUGGUUUUUGUAAUUAGGAUUUAUCUUAGGGUGGUCACUGUAAUUUACUCUUAUCUUAAUUAAUAGAGAGGGAGGGAGAGAGAGAGAGAGAGAGAGAGAGGCGGCCUUGCACUUGGAUAUGACAAAUGGGACAUAGUAGGGGUGGGUAAUUUUUGACCUCUGGAGAAGUUGACCUGAUGCAAGAACUAGGUAUGCUGCCUGCCCUCCAGCCUUGCACUUCUAUUUGCACUGCUCGGCUUCCCUUCACAUGAAUAAUGUCUAGUAGUAGAAGUCCUGAGCAUUUUUAAUACCCUUAAUUGUUGACCUCUGGAGAAGAUGACCUGAUGCAAGAACUAGGUAUGCUGCUGCCCUCCAGCCUUGCACUUCCACUUGCACUGCCGGGGGGUUCACUUCACAUGAAUAAUGUCUAGUAGUGGGAGUCCUGAGCAUUUUUAAUACCCUUAAUUGUUGACGUUUUGACUGGAAUUUUGAGCAUUAGAAGAUCUUGUGAUACUGGAAUAUUGUUUCUUUGCACUUCCACUUGCACUUCUACUUGCACUGCCCGGGUUCACUUCACAUGAAUAAUGUCUAGUAUUUGAAGUCCUGAGCAUUUUUAAUACCCUUAAUUGUUGACCUCUGGAGAAGAUGACCUGAUGCAAGAACUAGGUAUGCUGCUGCCCUCCAGCCUUGCACUUCCACUUGCACUGCCGGGGGGUUCACUUCACAUGAAUAAUGUCUAGUAGUAGAAGUCCUGAGCAUUUUUAAUACCCUUAAUUGUUAACGUUUUGACUGGAAUUUUGAGCAUUAGAAGAUCUUGUGAUACUGGAAUAUUGUUUCUUUGCACUUCCACUUGCACUUCUACUUGCACUGCCCGGGUUCACUUCUCAUGAAUAAUGUCUAGUAUUUGAAGUCCUGAGCAUUUUUAAUACCCUUAAUUGUUGACCUCUGGAGAAGAUGACCUGAUGCAAGAACUAGGUAUGCUGCUGCCCUCCAGCCUUGCACUUCCACUUGCACUGCCGGGGGGUUCACUUCACAUGAAUAAUGUCUAGUAGUAGAAGUCCUGAGCAUUUUUAAUACCGUUAAUUGUUGACGUUUUGACUGGAAUUUUGAGCAUUAGAAGAUCUUGUGAUACUGGAAUAUUGUUUCUUUGCACUUCCACUUGCACUUCUACUUGCACUGCCGGGGUUCACUUCACAUGAAUAAUGUCUAGUAUUUGAAGUCCUGAGCAUUUUUAAUACCCUUAAUUGUUGACCUCUGGAGAAGAUGACCUGAUGCAAGAACUAGGUAUGCUGGCUGCCCUCCAGCCUUGCACUUCCACUUGCACUGCCGGGGGGUUCACUUCACAUGAAUAAUGUCUAGUAGUAGAAGUCCUGAGCAUUUUUAAUACCCUUAAUUGUUAACGUUUUGACUGGAAUUUUGAGCAUUAGAAGAUCUUGUGAUACUGGAAUAUUGUUUCUUUGCACUUCCACUUGCACUUCUACUUGCACUGCCGGGGUUCACUUCACAUGAAUAAUGUCUAGUAGUAGAAGUCCUGAGCAUUUUUAAUACCCUUAAUUGUUGACCUCUGGGGAAGAUGACCUGAUGCAAGAACUAGGUAUGCUGGCUGCCCUCCAGCCUUGCACUUCCACUUGCACUGCCGGGGGGUUCACUUCACAUGAAUAAUGUCUAGUAGUAGAAGUCCUGAGCAUUUUUAAUACCGUUAAUUGUUGACGUUUUGACUGGAAUUUUGAGCAUUAGAAGAUCUUGUGAUACUGGAAUAUUGUUUCUUUGACCACUUCCUUAUUCAGCCUUACUAAGCUGGUAUUACCUAGCUAGCAGGGCAAUAUAUUUUUACGCGCUUGGGGGUUUAGUUGGUUCUCCUUUUUCAACAAUUUGCUUGGUAACAUUAUUCCCGGAUGCGUACUAUGUACAUGUUAUAAUCCAACUCUAGCUAGCUAGCUAUAGCUGUUUCAAUCCCUGACAAGAAAUAUCUAGAUAUAUACAAUUACAACCCAACAUUAGUUCCAAGAUCGACUGAGAUUAUAUAUAGCUUCAAGCAAAUUACUUACUCAGCAAACAAUCACCCAUACAUAUAUCAUGGUGAGUUCAACAGCAGUAUUAGCGAUUCCUAUUGAAGAAGAUGCUGAUCGGAAGAAGAUUAGUAAGCAGACAUCAUUAACGGCCAGACAGCUGCACAUUCAUACAAAAGUCAUUCAUAGUGCCAAAGUUGGAAUGGCACUGCUUCUGGUUUCGCUUCUGAUGCACCUCCUUGAUCCUGUUUACAACCGCUUUCGGGAUCAUUCCACGUGGGCCCUCAUAACUGUUGUCGUCAUCUUCCAGUUCUCUGCAGGUGCCACACUCGGGAAGGGCUUGAACCGGGUGGUGGGAACAGUACUAGGUGGCGGUCUGGGAUGUCUGGCGGCUCUUCUGGCCGAUAAAGUUGGUGGCAUUGGCAAUUCCAUUGUUACAGUCACUUGUGUCUUUGUUUUCGGCACAGCUGCAACGUACUGUCGACUUGCCCCAAGCAUUAAGAGGCGAUACGACUAUGGCGCCAUGAUUUGCAUUCUCACCUUCAACCUGGUCCUGGUGUCUGACCUGCGCGCCAAUGAGUUCACCCAAGUAGCCUUUGAUCGGCUCUUAACCAUCGGCCUUGGCUUAGCCGCCUGCAUUGCCACAAGCUUACUCAUCUUCCCCGUUUGGUCCGGCGACGAGCUUCAUCUUUCCACUGCAGCUAACUUUGAGAAGCUCAGUCUCUGCAUUCAAGAAUGCUUGGAGGGGUACUUCGGAGUGAACGAUGAGAAUGGAAACCCGUUGGACGUCAGUAUUGCCAAUUGCCAAUCAGUGAUCAACUCCAAGUCCAACGACGAGUCUCUAGUAAAUUUUGCAAGAUGGGAACCAUGGCAUGGAAAGUUUGGGUUUACAUAUCCUUGGGAUAAGUACUUACCGAUUGGGGAUGAUCUUCGGGAACUUGCUGCUACUAUUAUCACUCUCAAAGGGUGCCUUCAGUCUUCUACACAGCCCUCAUCAAGGUCAAGAGAGCGGAUGAAGGAGCCAUGCAGAGCAGCUGGAAGUGCGUUGAGGAGCAUCAUGGGAGAGCUUGGAGAGAGUGUUAGGAAGAUGGCGAGGUGCAAAGCCCAGCAUUUGAUUGAUGCUUCCAAGUUGCAGUCCAUCAAAGUGGAGCUCAUUGGCCUCACUGCAAUGGUCGCUUCUUCUUUUUCUUCUGCUCCUAAUUGCUGCAAGCUUCAAGAAGAAGAAGAAGAAGCAGCAGCAGCAGCAUCAGAUGAUCAGAAGAACUGCAGUACUGCUGAAGGCAUUGCUAUGGCCGCCAGCUUCUUGUUCUUGUUGCUGCAGAUUGCUGAAAAGAUGGAGGUGCUGGCCAAGGAGGUGGAGGAGCUUGGGGAGCUUGCUGGCUUUCGAACUUGAGGGCGGGCCUUGAUGGCAACGAUAAACUUUCUCUUGUGUGAUGUCACGCGCGAGUUAAGAGUCAUGAAAACCGAGACCAAAAAAGGAGCUUUCUAACUUAGUCGGGUGCACUGAGGUGUGGUAGCACAAGAGGUAUAACUUAGCUGGUUAGUUUCCAACUUACUUUAGAUAGUUUCAUUUUGGUAUGGGCUUUAUGUAUAACUCCUUAGGUCAAGUCGUGGUGACAAUCAUAAAGUUAGAGAGGAGAAGGGUAGCAUUUAUUGUCGGGGGAUUAAAGAGCUAGUUCUUUUACAGAGCCAGACAGAUUUACAGAAUGGGGCCUAAAAAACUAAAAUGCCCUCACUCACAUUGCAUUAGAAAAAGUGUAAUGUAAUGUGAGCGAUGAUAUUUUAGUCUUUUAGUUCCCAUUUUUUAAGCCUGUCUGGCUCUCAAAAUUUUUUCUUAAAGAGCUAAAUAAUGUAUAACUAAAAGGGAAUUGGGGCUUCAUAGAUUUUGGUCAUAUUUUACAAUGGCAUCCUAUU